UUUAUGGGGCUCGUGCUAAUUUGUGUUGGUGAAAUGCUCGGUAAACGCUCAUAAACUAAAAGGGAUGCUUGUUUCGGUCAUGGCUCUCCACAGCAGUGGUUUGAGGUUGACAGGUAUUAUCUGCAUUAUACUUCCCAUUCCCAGCCUUCAGAAAUACUGGGGUUAAUUUUACAAAUGGUGCAGAUUUUUAAGUUUUGGGACGUGCGUAGUUUGAUUUCUUCUAAUGCUAACUCCGGACGGAUGUGUGUAUCGGUGCUGCCCGAUGCUACAAAACAGGCGCACCUAAUUUUAAUCAGUUUAAUUGUGGCUGGUUGCUGGAUUGUUCGAUUCAAACUCCAGAGGCUGCUGUCUACCUGUCCACACCCCACUUCAGUCUUCAGCAAGCAUGGCACUUGUGGGAGGAAACAUGCUCACACAGGAACUGGCUGAUAUCUUUGCAGAGGAUUCAUCUUCAGAUGAUGAAUUUUACGGCUUUUCUGAAAAAGAACUAAACAUCAAGACUUCAGAUUUUGACGAUGAAUCCCAGUCAGAUGUUUUCAUCAAAGAGGAGAAGGCCGCAGCUAAAACACCCUUCAGGCUGCGUGUGGCUCUGCGUUCUCAAGCAGCAGCAGCAGCAGCUGCCCAGUGGUCCACUGAAGAUGAGGAUGUGGAGGAGGACGAUAACACAAAUAAAACAGCAGUGAGUAGAAAAAGCGAGGGACAAGUGAAGUCUGUGGAUUCAGCAGCUCGGCAGUCUGACGAACGUGGGCUUGACUCAGAUGAGGAUGAAACGGAUUCUUUCCUGGCCAAGAGAGAGAAGAACAUCAAGGCCAACAAAGCAAUGCUGGCUCAGCUGAUGGCAGACCUGCAGAAAAUGCCAGGAAGUGCAGGGCUCCUGAGAAAUCAGACAGGCAAACAGAGGACAAAAGAAAAAAGCUCUCGUACUCCACACUCGGCUGCCACAAAACGGGAGUCCAGAAGAAACCCAGAGCGGGCGUCUCGCCGACAGACCCGUUCUAUGGGAUUGAAGGAAGAUGAUUCAAACCCACUGGAGGCAGAAGUGGAGCUCAGCCUGGAGGAGGAGCUGCUGGAGGUUCGAGCUCCGCAGCGCCGUAACACACCGCGUCCUAAUCAGAGCAGGCCUCAUGUCGUCCGUCGUGUGGAGGACGUCACAGAAGAGGAGCUGCAGCUGGUUGCAGACAACAUGACUGACAAAGUGUACAACAGUGUCACCGGCUCCACGUGUCAUCAGUGCCGUCAGAAAACUGUCGACACCAAGACGUGCUGCCGCAGCGAGGACUGUCGUGGGAUUCAGGGUCAUUUCUGUGGGCCGUGCCUCAGGAACAGAUACGGAGAGGAUGUCAGGACGGUGCUGCUGGAUCCGGAGUGGAAGUGCCCUCCCUGCCGUGGAAUUUGCAACUGCAGCUUCUGCCGUCAGCGCGACGGCCGCUGCCCAACCGGCAUCCUCUUCCCUCUGGCUAAAUACCACGGCUUCUCUGACGUCCACUCGUACCUCAACAGCCUCCGCAACAAGCUGAAGAGCGGUGAUGCAAAGACCUGA